CACGGAUCUCUUGAACGCUACGGACAUAUGCUGUGUUUGACCCCUAGAAAAAAAGCAUAGCAUGCACAAACAAACACUACCGCUUUACUUUCUACAUAGAAACUAAAAUGAGAAGGAGGGCUUAUCGAGAACACUGACUGGCUGUCAUAGUGUAUGUGACAUCGCAGGUGUCAUGGAGAAUUCACGGGUAUCACUGAUGUUCAAGGCGGUCGCGGUGGCAGCGAUCGGUCUCACCGCCACGUUAGUCAUGCUCGUUCAAGAUCCAUCAGACACGGUGCUCGGAGGGGGAUACCCAGAACUGUGGCGGAAAGCCGGACUGGCAGGAGCCCCUACGCGGGCGGCAGCCUGCAUACUCACGGGCGUGUUGCUCCUAGCGAUGGGCUGGUUGUACAGACUGUUAUUCGCUCCUCUGGAGCUGCUCCGCGGUGUGGAUGAGGUGGGGUACAUCGCGGAGGACGGGCGCUCUCGUGCCCAGGCUGCCAACGAAGUGCGGCGGCGACGGAAGACCGGAGAAUUACCGCCGGUUUAUCCAAACGGCUGGUACCGGAUUUUAGACUCUCACAUGCUGGAGAGAGGAGAUGUGAAGAGUGUAACAGUGCUGGGUAUCGUCAGUGGAGUUGAUCUGCGCUAUACUAACAGCAAGACCUGGGAGUUUAUACGGCAUGACUGGAAGGUGGAGUGGAAGCCUGAGCCUGAGCCGAACAAGCACUGUUCACAGAUGUUGGUGAAACAUGCUCUCACUGUGUUCGGACGCCACUGGCCUCUUCUUGAUUUGGAUGUCCUGGCCAGACAGGUAAUGACUGGACCGUCAGGUAGAGGGCGUGAGUGA